UUUAUCAGAAUAUAUUAAGACAGUUAUACGUUAUGAAAUAGACGGAACAUGCCAAAAAUUAUUUUUCUAUUUGCCACCUAAUCCAGAAGAGAAACGAAUGAAUAUUUUAUCGAAUAUUUCUCCAAAUUUACGUUUAUGGUGGAGUUUUGAUGGAGAAAAGUUUAUGCCACCAAAACCAGAAAAAGAACAAUUACAAAAAAUUGCUGAAAAAAUUAAAGAAGAAAUUUAUUCUUCUGCAAGAUUGUUAGAAAUUGAAUUAAAAAAAGAAAAUAAAAAAGAGGAGAAAUUGAAAGAGGUUAAUGAAGGAAUUAGACGAGGUUUGCUUGUUUUUUUAAAUUUUUAUUUCAUUGAAAUAUAA